AUUAAUGUAGACCAUGAAAUUAGUCUCUUGGUGGAGCAGAUCCAUCGUCUUGGCACAAGAGACAAGGAUGGGAAACUGAAAGUAAAAUUUGGUGUAUUAUUUAAUGAUGACCAAUGUGCCAAUUUAUUUGAAGCCAUGGUUGGAACUCUAAAAGCUGCCAAACGUAAGAAGAUUUCAGAUUGUGACCCCAGCUUGCUGCUUGACCUCCCAUGCUUGGCCUGGCGUGUCUCCAUACCCUGCUUCUGCUGUCUCUGCCCAUCCGUGUAUGAUCCAGCCUGGCUCUUGACUACAGCCUCUUCUAUAGUCGUCUAUGUAUGA